AGUCGGAAUAGAAAUUUGAUAUUAAAUUUUUUUUCAGAAAAAAUGAGAUUAAAAGAUGCGUUGAGCUUGCUGGUUAUAAACUUAAUUCUAAUUAUAUUAUGCAGUGUUGGUUUCUGUCAAGAACUAUCCCCGGAAGUUUUUCUUCAGCUUUUUCUCGCUAAACGAAGGGAGCAGCUGAGCGCAGUUAAAAACAUUCAGGCUUUAGAUGCCGAUAAGCAGAUAGUAUUCCUGGAUCAGGUGACUGCCAAGAUUGGUGAGGUGAUGUCGCGGAGUAGGACUAAUAUUGAGAACUCUGGAUAUAUACCUGGAGAACAGUUCCCGAGUGAGAAACCUCUUCAAGAAGCUUUAUCACUGCUUCUAGAGAACUCUUGCUUAUUAUGUGAUAUUACGCUUAGGUUCCCUGACGAUGUUCAGAAGAGACUAAGUGCGCGCAAGGAGCUUGAGCUGACUGUGCGCUGGAGUGUUGGCUAUGUGAUGGAUCUUCAGAUGUUGGAUGAAACAACGCGAAAACUAUUGAAUCUGUGCGCGCAGGAGAUUAAUCUGAUUGACAGGGUCCCGGAGUAUCAUAAUCCAUACAGGGUAAAGCGUACUCCUACAAAACGGUUCGAAGACCCCCCUCCACAAACCAAGAAGCCCAGGAAGAAGUUGAGCCGAGGUCCUAAAAUGUCAAGAUCUGAACUCUAAAAUGUCUAAAGAGGUCUCUAAAAUUUCUAAAACUUGGCUCGAUAAGUAUGGAGUUGAAAAAGAUGAAUUUCUGUGAUAUUAAGUUAAAUUAGAGUAAUUGUCUGCUGCGCACUUGUUCUUAAAAUACCAAAGACGUUCUACAACAAUAAAGUUGUUAAAUUAUUCG